AGGCCACGCCCCUGGCCUGGGCGCCUGACACCUGGGUUCCAGGGGGAUUGUUGCGUCUGAGUACUGAAGUCGGGAAGGUUUUAGCCCAGCCGGCUCUGCUGUUCCCGCUGGUCUCCCGGAAGAUGACGGCGUCCUGCUCGCUGUGUCCCACAGGUCCUCGCCGCCCCGAGAGGCGCUCUUCUUUAUCGAACUGCUUUGUAAUACUUUUGGUGGCCCCAGUGCUACUGCUACCCAUACCCUCCGAUGCCUGUGAUGCUCCAAAUUACAUCUCUAUGAGGCCAACUGAUUUUAAAAAUACUUAUAAUCCUGGGGAAACAGUACAAUUUCAGUGUCGCCUAGGAUACAAGCGUAUUACACCUUUUCUUCCCAUGUCUUCUGUUUGUCACGCUAAUAACACAUGGACACCUCUCCAGGAGGCUUGUACAAAAAAAUCAUGUACACAUCCAGGAGAUCCCACAAAUGGCAUUGUAAUCAGCAUAAAUGGAAGUUUUCUCUUGGGAUCACAGAUUGAAUAUGCUUGUAAUGAGGGUUAUCGAUUACUUGGACCAAAAGUUCUUUAUUGUGAAAUUUCUCCUAUUGACAGUAAUGUACUGACUUGGAGUGACAAUGCCCCCAUAUGUAAUAAGAUAUUGUGUGCACCACCUGGAAAAAUCGCAAAUGGGAACUAUAAGAUUAGCAAGGAGGAAUAUGACUAUAAUGAAGUGGUAACUUACAGUUGUAAUCAGUCAAGUGGACCAGAUCCAUAUUCACUUAUUGGAGAGAACAGACUUGUUUGUACUGGGAACGGUGACUGGAGUAGUAGCCCUCCUCAGUGUAAAGUGGUCAAGUGUCCGUAUCCCGAACCCCUCAAUGGAAAGCUGGUAUCAGGCUUUGGAAGCAAAUACUACUAUAAAGCAACAGUUGUGUUUUCAUGCUUACCGGGUUACACCUAUAAUGGAACCAACAUAGUUACCUGUGGCAGUGACAGUACUUGGGAGCCCGCAGCCCCAAUGUGUUAUAAAGUGUCGACUCCUACAAGUACAAACCCUCCUACAAGUACAAACCCUCCAAUUCCGAGUAUCUCAGAAUCUGAGCUUCCUCGUACAACUACGACUCCGGGGUCAAGCCAUCCGGGUUCAAGUCAUCCAGGAGCUCCUCCUACCAGUAAACCACCGUCUGAAGACACAAAUGCUUUAGGCACAGGAAUCAUUGUUGUGAUUGUCCUUGGUGUUCUUGCUGGUGUUGUAGUAAUUAUCUUCAUCUUGUUCAUGUUUUAUCGACACAAGAAGAAAGGGAAAACCGACGUUAGCGCCACAUACAGCACUUACCAGGAUAAAUCAGCUUCACCAGCAGAGCAGACACAGUAAAUGGUUUCCACACAGUGUAUCUUGUGAUUCUAUUAGAAUGUUAAGAUGUGCAGUAAAGUCAUACAGCCUCUAUGGAAAACAUACACUUUCCUCAAAAAACUAAAAACCAAACUAACAAAUGAUUUAGGAGUUCCACUUAUGGGUAUACAUCCAAAGGACACAAACAAACAAAAAACCCGGCAGCUCUCUGUUCUCUGCCUGCAGCAUUAUUUACAACAGCCACGACACGGAUGCCACCCUCACUCCUGGAUGGAUGCAUCGUUAACAAAAACACUGUAGACAAAUAGGUGGCAUACUAUGCAGCUCCAAAAAGGAAGGAAAUCUUGGCUGUCGAAGACAAACUGUAUGGGCCUACAGGCAUUUUGCUAAGGGAAGUCAGUCUAACGAAGAGAGACAAAUACUGUAUCAUCUCACUUAUUUGUAGACUCUAAAAAAAAAAACAAAACCCCAAAACCCUGGAUACAAAUCAGAUUGGUGGUGGCUGGAGGGGCAGGGAUGGAUUUGGCUGAAGGUGGUCAAAAGGGACAAACUUCCAGUUCUAAGACUAACAAGUACUUGAUGUAGUUAUCAUACAGUCUGCUGUCGGUACUGUAUUGUAUUUUGGAAAGUUGCUGAGCAGGAAGACAUUUUUAAAAUCGAUGUGAACUAAAUUUAUUGCAAUCACUUCAUAGUGUAUAAUUAUCAAAUCAGGCUGUACACCUUAUACACAAUGUUACGUGUCCGUUAAUAAAAUCGGAAGGGGAAAAAAACGGA